UCAAGUGCAAAGCAAACACAAAUAUAAAUAAAUAUCACAUGAAAAUGUCCCCAAAUGCAAUCGAAUACCAUGCAGCAGCGACCCAAAAAGUGCUCUAAACUGUGCUGAAACAGCGACAAAACAACAACAACAAAUACGAGUAAUAAUUUCACACUCAACAAAUAGUUCAUAAAUCCUAUGUGAGAUUCGCACUGAGAAAUGGCAGCCGAACAAAUUGCUAAAAUGGCUAAAGUGGCUCAACCAAAUUCACCGAAAGCAGCCAAUAAAUGGAUUAAACCCGAGCAGAAUCGCACACAGCCCCAGCAGAAAACAGCAACAACGCCGCACCUCUCGCUGCUGCUGCUGCUGCUGCUCGUCGCGCUCUGUCCGCUGCCAGACGCCAAUGCCAAUGCCAGCAGCAGCAGCAGCAGCGGCAGCCUGGAAACCUUUGCCGUGGCCGCCGCCAGCACCAGCCUGGACAAGGACCACGAGCAAGCAGUGCGCCAGCGUGCACGCCCAGCCAUGGAGACCAGCAUGAACAUGAUCCAGCGGAACUACAUGGUGAUGCAUCCGGCGAGCAGCGGCAGCGGCAGCGGCAGUCACUCCACGACGGACCACAGUCGCUCCCUGAAGCGUGCGGCACUGACCAACUCCAGCAUCACCUGCAACGAUGGCACCCAUGCGGGCUUCUACCUCCGCAAGCAGCCCAGCUCCAAGAAGUGGAUCGUCUUCCUCGAGGGCGGCUGGCACUGCUUCGAUGUGCGCUCGUGCCGUGCACGUUGGCUGCGACUGCGACACCUCAUGACCUCCUCCCAGUGGCCAGAGACAAGAGACGUUGGAGGCAUUCUGUCUCCCCAUGCCGAGGAGAAUCCCUACUGGCACAAUGCCAACCACGUGCUCAUUCCGUACUGCAGCAGCGACUCGUGGUCGGGCACGCGCACGGAGCCGGACACCAGCGACAGGGAGAACAGAUGGCGCUUCAUGGGUGCCCUGAUCCUGCGCCAAGUCAUUGCCGACCUCAUCCCACUGGGCCUGGGCCGUGUGCCGGGCGGAGAGCUGCUUCUGGUUGGCUCCUCUGCCGGUGGCCUGGGGGUGAUGCUGAAUCUGGAUCGCAUUCGGGACUUUCUGGUCAAUGAGCGGCAGCUGCAGGUCACGGUGCGGGGAGUGAGCGAUUCGGGAUGGUUCCUCGACCGCGAGCCCUACACACCCGCGGCGGUGGCCUCCAGCGAGUCUGUGCGUCAAGGCUGGAAGCUGUGGCAAGGCCUGCUGCCCGAGGACUGCACCAAGGCACAUCCCACGGAGCCCUGGCGCUGCUACUUCGGCUAUCGCCUCUAUCCCACACUGAAGACUCCUCUCUUCGUCUUCCAGUGGCUCUUCGAUGAGGCACAGAUGCGCGCGGACAACGUGGGUGCUCCGGUGACGCCCCAGCAGUGGAACUACAUCCACGAGAUGGGCGGCGCCCUGCGCUCCUCCCUGGACAACGUGAGUGCCGUGUUCGCACCCAGCUGCAUCGGCCAUGCGGUGCUCUCGAAGCGGGAUUGGGUCAACAUUAAGAUCGAUGACAUCUCCCUGCCCUCCGCCCUGCGCUGCUGGGAGCACUCGACACGCCGCAAGCGCAACGAAAAGCUGAAACGCUCCACGGAGGCCUCCACGGCAGUCGGGCAGCAUCCGCACCCGAACAACCAAAGACACCAGCGACACCGCCAGCGCCAGCAGCGGCAGAAGCAGAAGCAGAACAAUGUGGCACAGUCGACGGAGCAGCAGCCCCGGAAGCACAAUCACCUGAGCAAGGAGCAGAGGGAGGAGCGCAAGCGGCUGCGACAGGAGCAGCGACAGAGGCGCAAGCAGCGCCGCAGGCAGCAGCACAAGCAGCAGGCAGAGGGUAGGGCCAAGAACAACAACAACAACAACAAGCCGAAGAGCAAUGCCAGCGAUACGCACAAGCAGCGACGCCGCCAGCCACCACUGACGCCGGAAGAGCGACAGGAGCAGCGCCAGCGCCGCCGCAAAGCGCAGCAGCAGCAGCAGCAGCAACAGCAACAGAUGCAAAUGCAACACGAACAACCGGCCGCUGGAGGGGUAGAGGGUGCAGAUGCACUCGGAGAGCCCCAGAAGCGGCGUUCAUCGAACAAUGCCUCCGCCUCCAAGCCAAAGAAGCGUCCAAGGGUGCCACGUGUGCCGGAAAAGUGCGGCCUACGGCUGCUGGAGCGCUGCUCCUGGCCGCAGUGCAAUCACUCCUGCCCCACGCUGACCAAUCCGCUGACGGGCGAGGAGAUGCGCUUCCUGGAGCUGCUCACCUCAUUCGGCCUGGACAUUGAGGCUGUGGCAGCGGCACUCGGCGUCGACAUGCACACCCUCAACAACAUGGAGCGAACGGAGUUGGUCAAUCUGCUCACCCAACAAGUGAGCUGAGCGGAGCGAAAGGAGCAUCCCCCCUGUAAAUAGUAAAUAGGUUUGUACAUAGAUAUAUGUAGAUAUAGCUAGAGCCGCUUUGUACAUACCACAACAACAACAACAACAACAAAAACAUCCAAAAAAAGAAAAAAAAAGAAAAAAUCAUCCCCCAAGCGGAGCUAAACUCCAAUUCCUAGAACACGCCAAGAAAACCAAGAAAAAAGACAUGCAAAAAGGUAACCCAGUAAUUAAGCAGACAAAUAUUUAUACAACUAGUUUUCCCCCACUCCAACUCGAACUGCAAAACUCGUACAUUCACACACACACACACACACUCAUAUUUAUUCAUUCGCAUUCAACACACACACACAACCAACAACCAACAACCAACAACCAACACGAGCACGAGCCGAAAGGAUAAUCUGCGUAACGAGAAACUAAACACAAAAUGCAACCACAAGACUGUUUUAUGUUUUUUUUUAAAUAUACACAUAAUAUACAUAUAUAAAUAUAUAGCGAUACACGAUAAUAAUGAAUUUUGAUAUAAUUUAUUUGAUAAUUUUAUGGGCUGCCCGGCCCCAGAGGACGGUACUUGGCUACUGUCCAGACUGUACUUCAGUUUGAUUGUUUUUAUUUUAUUUGCAUCAGUUUUUCACCUACCUCAGGAUCAGUAAAGAAUGAAAUUGAAUCGAUAGACAGAGCUGCCUUUAAACAUACACAUAAAAUAGAUGGAACACACAAAUAAUAACAAAUAUCAAUCAUUGCGUACCUGUGCAACGACAAAUCAAAUACAAAUCAAAUACCUUAAUUACUUACUUAAUAAUUACCCGCAUUCCGUUCAAAAUAAUGUUACUUAAACUUACUUUUAAAACCAAUAACGAGACGAGAAAGAGCAACAAGCGAGGCGAAGCAAAAGUGAACAAAUCGAAUAUCAAAAUAAAGAAACUAAUUUUAGCAAUGUUUGUAAAGAAUUUAUAGAUACAUAAACCUAAACGAAAAAUCCCACAAAAAUAAACACUAAACCCCCUUAAUUUUAAUAUACGUUUCCCCUAGUGAUGUAAGCCCCAAUUCCCUGUACAGAACUGGUUGAAGUUUAGCCCUAAGAAUUGUUGUACUUAAACCCUUUGAUAAUUUUAUACUAUGUCUACCACGAAGCGAAGUAGUGUCCAAAGCUAAUUGACUUGUUACAACCAUUAGCUCUUGUUCGCAGUGUUCACAUUGAACUGAACUGAUCACUGAUCACUGAUUACCAUCAAGAUGGUAGCACACUUGACGGAGCAUAAUCAUACCAACAACAGCCACAAUAAACAAGCAAAAUAAUCUUAA